AUGCGCCGAGUUCGGCCCCGCCUCUUUGGCGAUCGCCUUGGCAUUUCGUCUCAGAGACCAGCAGCAAACAGGCCUCUCGCAGACCGCUCGUGCCGUCGCGCUGUGCUGUUGCCUGCGCUGGCCCUCGCAGCGUCCCCGUUGGCGAGGCAUGGUGUCCAUACAGCGCGGCAGCCACCCUCUUGCUGCCUUUCGCUGCACAGACGCACCUCCGCCCACAUCGGACGAACGCCCGGAGCUUUGCCUCAGCUUCGCGCGCAAGAAACGCUUGGGGGGAAGAAAGUGUCAGAGAUGAAGGGCGGGAUGAGAGCGAAUCGACACCGGACCGCGUUCGUCCGACACCCAGGCCCCGCAUCCCCACGCUCUGCCUCGGGGUGUCAGUACACCCCAAAGGCCUCCUGGUUUCCUCUCAAGGUUGGCUUCAUCGACCUUGCAGGUGGAGCGCAUACUCUGCCGGAUCAGGCGGCGGAAGUCGCGGGAGUUCUUUUGGCGCUUCGCGAUCAGCAGCACCGCCUCCUUUCACAGCGAGAGGAGCCGGAAGAGACACCGGGUUGGCAGACUUCUCGGCGAGACAGUUGCCGCGCGCCGGAGGAAGAAGGUGUGCCGUCUGUACAGUUGCAGGGGCGCUCUGUCGGCAAGCUCGAAGAGCGACAGAAGCGAUGCUUUUGGAUUGUCGGCCUCGAGGCGGCGCUGCGGGUGCCCCAGAGCUUCCGGGAGGCGACUCGAGCGGCAUCGCUGCAACAGCUGAAAGGAGCAGUUUCCGCCGAGCUGCUCAAGAUCUUCUCUGUGUCCAAUGUCAUCCACGUGGAGCCCAAACAGGCCCGGACAACUCUCGCCCGGGUCGCGGGCGUUCCUCUCGGAUCGAGGCAGGAAACGCUUCAGUGGCUGUCAGAGCAGGUGCCCUCGUUUCCAAGCCGCCUUCGCCGUGAAGAGGCUGCGCUGACGAUGGCCGACGCGUGGCUCGUCGCCGUGCAUGCUCAGCGAACGGUGGAGGCGAUGCGCCUGCGAGAACGGCUCCGCGGUUUCCUUGCAGCUGAGUCAGGCAGGCACUUGUUCAAAGCCUGUGGAGCCGCGCACGCGCCGAGCCUGCCUGCUCCUCUUCCUCCCCACCUUGUGAAGCUCGUGGACACGCUUCGCGUGCCGUCAGGCCGCGUGGAGGCCCUCCGACAGGCUGUUGCUGAGGCAGCCGACGUGCGCACGCGUCGCGAGCUGCUUCAGGUGCUUAAAAGCCGACAAGAGAGCGAACUCACGCAAGCGAUCGCGCGCCAUCUAGAUGUUGUGUACCAAUCCGCCCGCGGACUGUUUGUUGCGCCUGGCCAGUCAGCGUUUCCUCAUAACGGAAAGGAAGGAUGUGCUGUCGCACAGAGUUUCUGGGAGGCGAGAGGCUCGAGAACGGCGGAUGCAGAGACCGCCGCCGCGUCUGCUCACCCACACCGCGACGGCGGGGAAGCUACCGGCGGACAGGCGUCACUUUCUGCAGAUCCCGUCGCCGUCCAGAAGGUUCGCCAGAGGGCUCGACGGGAACCUAGGGACGUUCGAGGCGUGGAGAGGGCAGGCGGGGCCUUGCCACACGCGCGGAGAAACGGGAGCACAGUGUCGCAGGAGGAGGCUGGAGACAACGAGCGGGUAGGAUGGAACGUGGCGGAGCCGGAUCUUCGGCGAGAGGAACCUGGCAGCCCGGCGAGCCUUGGCAGAGGAAGAAGCGAGAGAGAAGCCACUGUCGCAAUGGUAGCUUCCCGAGUUGCUGCUGCGAAUGCAGAGCUGCAGGCAUCCCGAAGAAACGAACGAAUCCACGACGCGGGAGGCAAGAGCCUGUGUCCGAGUCACCAUAGACAAGGACCUCCUACUGGGUAG